UAAUCGUCAUUACAUCAAAACUUCUAUAUUCAUGGAUCACACUUUCGCUGCAAGCCUACCUUGAUAUACCUGGGUGUCUUACAGUUCAUGGUUUCGCCAUACCAUACUUGGCAUUUCCAACAUGCGCAACCUACGAAACAUUCGAUACAAUGCGUGGAAUUCGUCAACUGACUUAAAUGGCGAGGCCAUCACAUCAACAUGCUGGGACCCUGCUAAAGACGAAGUUUUAUGUACUUUCGGCCCGAGCGACCAAGAUGGGCACAUACGUCUAAUAAGGAUCUCGGAACACGUGAGAGCUUCUUCAAUAGACAUUGAGUGUCAAGAGGUUGCAUCAUGGGAUGCUCCAAGUCCAAAUCCAGAUUUAGCUGUUGAUAGAGUCAUAAGUUCGCAUCAUUUCAGUGACACUCUCACGACAUGCCUGGUUCUGGAAGGUGGCGACAUAGUUGUCGUUCAAGAGUCAGAAGGCUCGAACCCUCAGGAUGGAGUCCAUAUCGAGAUUAUGGGCUCCAUAGAUGAGGGCAUCACGGCUGCAAGUUGGUCUCCAGAUGAAGAACUACUAGCUAUAACCACCAAGGCGAACACUGCAGUUUUCAUGAGUCGUGGUUUUGAUGGCAUAACUGAUAUGACAUUGACUACCGACGAUCUCAAAGAAUCGAAACAUGUCUCUGUUGGCUGGGGUAAGAAGGAAACACAAUUCCAAGGCAGGGGUGCCAAAGCUCUACGAGAUCCUACUAUACCAGAGAAAGUAGAUCAAGGUGUUCUUAACCCUAAUGAUGAUGGUAGUACCACCAUUAGCUGGAGAGGCGAUGGCGCAUACGUUGCUAUUAACUCCAUCGAGACGGACAUUCGUCGAGUCAUUCGAGUAUAUUCUCGAGAUGGCGUCCUUGAUAGCGUAAGUGAACCUGUUGAUGGUAUGGAGGGUGCCUUGAGCUGGAGACCGGCUGGAAAUCUUAUGGCCGGUAUUCAACGCCUCGAGGAUCGUGUCGAUGUCAUUUUCUUCGAGAGAAAUGGUCUUAGGCAUGGUCAGUUCUCAUUGAGAGCUCCUGAAAAUAGAUCUCUUGCGAAGGAUCAAAUACGGCUUGAGUGGAAUUCGGACUCUACCGUUCUAGCCGUCACUCUUGAUGACCGAAUACAACUCUGGACCAUGGGCAAUUAUCAUUGGUACCUAAAAGAAGAAAUCCUUACCCAGAAGCGACCCUAUUGCCUUACAUGGCACCCCGAGAAACCGUUGCGCUUCGCAUCAGCAAUCUCAGGUAAGCUAUUACUUGCGGAGUAUAUCUUCGAGAUAACUCGCGGAUCACUUACUCCACCAUACGACCAUGGAGCUGUUGCAGUUGUUGAUGGCAAGACACUUAAACUCACACCAUUUCGGACUGCUAAUGUCCCACCUCCAAUGUCAUUGUUCGAAAUCCAAACAUUAUCACCAAUAAUCGAUGUCGCAUUCUCUCCGGCGAAUACAUUCAUGGCUGUUCUCCAUCAGCUUGGUGUAAAUGUGUACGAAUGGAAAGUCAAGGAACAUCGCUCUGUGCUUCCAUCUCUAGUUGGUAGCGUGAAUUUCACUAGGGACAACACAGAUGAGGAUUACACACCCUUACAAAUCGCUGUCACCGAGAACAGUGUUGUUCACUGCCUAGGAUUCGAUAAGGCACCAGUAAUCCAAUCGCAUCCCUUUGAUCGAACCACCGGUGAAUUCUCGUCUAACACGAGUAUAUAUGCUGGUUCGAUGUUUGGUUUCGUGCGUCUAACUCAGGCAGGCUCUACUGAUGUCCUAGUUCAGGAUUGUUUAGGUAGACUUCACGGCGUCGUUAACCAAGAGGAUGAGCUGUACUCAACCCGCCUUCCAAUUCAACUUCCGUGGAGCGAAGUUGUCGACCUAGCCGGAAACGUUAUCGCAGUUGGGUUAUCCAGGAAUGGCCACUUAUAUGCAAAUUCCCGUCUCUUGCUCAAGAAUUGCACAUCCUUCCUGGUGACACCAGCUCAUCUCAUAAUUACCACCACUAACCAUCUACUCAAGUUCAUCCAUUUAGUCGAUGUUGAUAAUUUAGAGAUGCCACCAGAUGACCCUGAAAAUGAUGAGAGAUGUCGGAAUAUCGAAAGAGGUGCAAGACUUGUGACGGCAACACCCACAAAUAUGAACCUUGUCCUCCAGAUGCCCCGUGGAAACCUAGAAACGAUAUACCCCCGAGCUAUGGUUGUAGCUGGAAUUAGGCACCUAAUCGAUGCCAAAGACUAUGGGAAAGCAUACUCAUAUUGUCGGACGCAACGUGUCGACAUGAAUAUUCUCUAUGAUCAUAGACCGGAACAAUUCUUAGGGAACGUCGGGCUUUUCCUUGACCAACUUAAUGAUGCUUCAUACAUUGAUCUUUUCCUGUCAUCUUUACGUGAAGAGGAUGUCACGCAAACAAUGUAUAAAGAUACAAGGGGUGGGAGGAACCAAGAAGCACCAGAGAUUGCCUCUGGCGAAGUUGCGGCUACCCUCCCUGGAGGUUCUUCAAAAGUCAACACGAUAUGCGAUGCAGUACUAUCUCAUCUCCAGUCUCAUAAACACAAGGACCAUGAUGUCCUACAGAAUAUCAUUACAGCCAAUGUCUGCAAAGCUCCGCCCGCGUAUGAAGACGGUUUAUUAGUCGUUGCCGCCUUACUGCAAGAAGACGAACAGCUUGCUGAGAAGGCUGUUGAACACAUUUGCUUUCUCGCAGACGUCAACACUUUGUACGAUGCGGCUUUAGGUCUUUAUCACCUAGAUCUGGCAUUGCUAGUUGCGCAACAAUCACAGAGAGAUCCCCGAGAAUAUCUUCCAUUCAUUCAGAACCUACAUCAACUCCCUGAAUUAAGGCGAAACUUUGCCAUAGAUGACCAUCUUGGUAGAUACGAGAAAGCCUUGACUCACCUUCAAACCCUUCAAGCGCAUAAAGAAGCUCAAGGCUAUACGGCCAAGCACGCACUCUACGCCACAGCUUUGAAGUUGUAUCGUUAUGACCAAGCUAACCUUACUAUACUCACCGGCCUCUACGCGAUAUAUCUCGAGUCUAAAUCACGGUUCCGAGAAGCUGGCCUCACCUAUGAAUCCCUCCACGACUACACAGCAGCAACCCGGUGCUACCGCGCCGCUGGUGCCACCUGCUGGCGCGAGUGUCUCUUCACAGCACAACAGCAAACCCCUGCGCUCGCACCAGACGCACUUACCGACCUCGCCUCCGCCCUCGCCGAAGCGCUCUUCGAAGCCAAAGAUUACGCCUCGGCCGCGACCAUCCACCUCGACUACCUCGGCUCGCUCGAAAGCGCCAUCUCCAACCUAUGUAAGGGAUACCACUUCGCCGACGCCAUGCGCCUAGUCUCGCUGCGCGGACGACCCGAACUACUAGCCUCGGCCGUUGACCCGGGGCUCGCGGACGCAUUAGGCAGCACUACCGAGUUCUUCGCCGACUGCAAAGCGCAGCUGCGCGCCCAAGUCCCCCGCAUCGCAGAGCUGCGCCGCAAGGCCGCCGAGGACCCCCUCGGCUUCUACGAGGGCGAGCGCGGAGGCGGCGUCGACCUCCCAGACGAUGUAUCCAUCGCAGCCAGCUCUCGCGUAAGCACCAGCGCCAGCUUAUUCACGCGGUACACCGGCAAAGGAGGUAGCGUCGGCACAGUGGGUACGGGGGUAAGUCGCGCAACGAGCAAGAACCGCAAGCGCGAAGAGAAGAAAAGGGCGAGAGGUCGCAAGGGCACCGUGUACGAGGAGGAGUACCUAGUCAACAGCGUGCGUCGCCUCGUCGAGCGCGUGGAAGGCACGAAACCCGAUGUCGAGAGGUUGGUUUUCGGACUCACGCGCCGCGGUAUGCAUGAGCGGGCUAGGGCGUUAGAGAGUUUGGCUGCGGAGGUUGUGGAUGCGUGUGGGGUUUCUGUUACGGAGGUUUUCGCUGCUGCGACUGGGAAGGCUGAGGAGGGUGGAGAGGAAAGGGGGAGGGAGAACGGGGAGGGAGAGUGGAGGCCUAUGGGCGCAGAUGCGGUUUUGCUUGAGAACCUCGAGGCUGCGUGGCGGAAGCAGGAUCCUCCUAAGAUUACGGGGAUGGAGAGGUUGUCGUUGCUGGGGUCGUAGGUAGAUGUGCAUGUAUGUAUGUAUGAGAGGGGUAACGGAUAGGGGAUGGGAGAAGGAAUAGGUAUGGUUAGAUAAAAUUACAUUAGGGGAAUGCGCAUGCGAUAUGUGGAUGGUACAUAGGUAGAU